ACGUGGCUGAAAGCCCCACAGGAAGUCGUGAUUUGUUGUCAGAAACUGAAGCUUUGAGCUCUGCGAGCUGCUGGGGUUCUUGAACACAAUUUUCUGUGCGUGUUAUCACGUUUUCAGACCGAUGAUGGCAGCCGCUCCACGUUCGGCGGCGGUUACAGACGAGUUACUGACCGCCACAUCAGGCCCCGCGUUUUUCACACGUCUGAAAGGAAGAUCUGAGGCUUGUUUUCAGACCUUACAGAGAGAUGCUGAAGUGGUCGCUCUUCAUCGGCCAAUCGGUUUUCAUCACCGCCCACCCUGGCAACACAAGCUGGUCCUGGUCGGGUCUGUCCAUCCCGGGCGGACUCGGACUGUGUUGUGCUGUCAGCUGGUUGUUUUGUGUCGUCCACCCUCUCAUGACGUGGUGUUAAGUUAGUGAAGUCAGUCAAAACCAGCGUGUCGAGUUCGUUGAAACUCCAUGAACACGAGCCCUUUAAAGACAGUUAAAACGUCCUCAUGGCUGCUCGCUGCCACACGGUGUGUCUGACUCCACCCAGAUUCCGGCCAGUGCAACGAGGUGGAGCUCAGGCUUCGUGGACGGUCGUAUUUGUCCCAUAUUUGCAUGAAAACUCUUGAUGAGUCAGCUGCUCACCACCAUGAACAAGAUCACGAAAUAUGACGAUCUGAAUAUUAGAAUUUAUUAAUAAGAAACUACUACCUUUUAAUAUGAAUGAAUUUUAAUAUAGCUGUUACAUCUCUGGAACUUGUUGCACUCUGGAUGACCUUCAGGACUGGUAGAUGUCGUGUAUGUUCGGGCUGUGACCCCAUCACUGUUUGCCUCCACGCUCUCCGCUCACGUCCCUCUGACAUCAUGUUUCUGGAUGGAUGAAAAACUCUGCUGCUCAAAACCUCCCGUCCUUCAUCCCAUCAUCUCUCGUCCUCUCUCAGAUGUUGGUUUGUUCAUGUCUUCUUGUGGCCUGCUGUUGAAGUCUGUUUGUCGAGUUUUAAAAAUACGAGGUGACGAUGAGGAAGCUGCAGGCUGUUUCACACUGAGGUCAUUAAUGAGGAAGCAGGAAGCAGCUGCUGCCCCUGAGCUGGCCGACCGCUGAGCAGAAACUCGGUUUGAUCUGAAGAGCUACGGAUUAAUAACUUCUGCAGCCGUCAUAUCAGCUGUGGUUAUCUGUGACUGCAGCAUCCACAUCGGCAGCACCACCACUGAGCCUCCACCCUUCUCAUUCUGUGUCAUCAGCUUUCAUUUGCGAGAAACAACAUUUGCUGUUUGUUCCUCAACACGGCCGGAAACAGACAAAAGAGCCGAGACGGUCAGUAGAGACCAGUGGAUUUGAAUAUAAGGACAAAGCACAUGAGAGCUCCCCAAAAUGAAGCCCAAACAUCUGGACGCCCCCUGGUGGCUGGCUGCAGUACAGCUCAUAAGCUCCUUCCCCUCCAUGUUAGCAGAUGGGACAUGAGCCAAACUAAAAACUCAAAGUGCAUGUGAAAUAAAAUUUUCCCAAAGAUGGUUUCUGUCACUGUAGUUAGUUUUAUCACGCUGAUGUUUGUUCUAGAGUUCAUCUUUCUGUUAGGUUAGGUUUUAAUUAGUUACUAAUGGUUACUAAGGGGCUAAAACACCACGAUAGACAGCUGAGCGCCGUUCCUGAUUGGCUCAGACGGGUGUGUGGGCGGGACUCGAUGUUGCAUGUUAAUAUUUUGUGAUCAUGAUGUAAAUGAGUGUUCUGUCUUCAAGAUGCCUCAGAUUGGUUUGCUUGUGCCACAAGGAAAUGUGAAAACUGAAAAACUGGCACAUUUCUGACCCCAGACAGCAGCUCCACUUCUGUUUUCACUUGGGACAAUUUUGUGGGGUUUAGAGCUAAAUAAUGAGUUGGUAUGUUUAAAUUAAUGUCUAAUCCUAAUAGAUUUAUUGAGUGAAGGUUAGAGGGAUGGAUGGAUGAAUGAUGGAGGUCAGAGUCCAGCUGUUAGCGUGACGCUAAUGUCAGACUGAAAUAAACCCUGUCCUCUGGGUGUUUUUGUUUUAACACAUUUCACUGCUAAUGAGUCUGACAGGAGAGGGAGGGAGACGGAGGGAGGGAGGGAGACGGAUGGAGGGAGGGAGGCUGAGUUAAAGAGGGGGAGGAGCAGCAGCAGAGUGGUGGAUUCAGUCGUUUGUUCACUUGGUUGGGGCUCAGAUGGAGGUUUUUCCUCCCGCUGAGGAGAAUCUGACGGCAUGACGACGACUUCCUGAGAGAGAGAGAGAGAGAGAGAGGGAGAGAGAGAGACAUUCUCCCCUCAGUUUCCACGGUGACGGCAUCCCUCCAUCCUCCUCCUCCUCCUCCUCCUCAUCCUCAUCAUCUCCUCUCCGUCGGCUGCUGUUGGCUUGUCGGCUCGUCAGGAUGGUGGAUAAAGGAACCAGAGUGUUUAAGAAAGCCAGUCCCAAUGGAAAGCUCACCGUCUAUCUGGGGAAGAGAGACUUUGUGGACCACGUGGACCUGGUGGAGCCUGUCGAUGGUGUCGUGCUGAUCGACCCAGAGUACCUGAAGGAGAGGAAAGUAUUUGUGACUCUGACCUGUGCGUUCCGUUAUGGUCGUGAGGAUUUGGAUGUCCUUGGGUUGACGUUUCGGAAAGACCUGUUUGUGGCCAACGUCCAGGCGUUUCCUCCGCUGCCUGAAGAGAAGAAGAGUUUAACUCGUCUUCAGGAACGCCUCAUUAAAAAACUUGGAGAACACGCCCACCCGUUCACUUUCGAGAUUCCCCUGAACCUACCGUGCUCCGUCACCCUGCAGCCGGGCCCGGAGGACACCGGGAAGGCCUGUGGAGUCGACUUCGAGGUGAAAGCUUUCUGCGCAGAAAAUCUGGAGGAAAAGAUCCAUAAAAGGAACUCGGUGCGUCUGGUGAUCAGGAAGGUCCAGUACGCUCCGGAGAAGCCCGGUCCUCAGCCGACGGCAGAAACCACCAGACAGUUCCUGAUGUCGGACAAACCGCUGCACCUGGAGGCCUCGCUGGACAAAGAGAUUUAUUAUCACGGGGAGCCAAUCAGCGUCAACGUUCACGUCACCAACAACACCAACAAGACGGUGAAGAAGAUGAAGAUCUCAGUGCGGCAGUACGCCGACAUCUGCCUGUUCAACACGGCUCAGUACAAAUGUCCGGUGGCCACCGAGGAGUCAGAAUGUUUUUCUGUCUUCAGUGAUGUUGUCGCUCCCAGUUCAACUUUCUGCAAAGUUUUCACCCUCACUCCAUUUCUGGCCAACAACCGAGAGAAACGAGGUCUCGCUCUGGACGGGAAACUGAAGCAUGAGGACACCAACCUGGCCUCCAGCACACUCAGGUUAAGAGAAGGAGCCAAUAAGGAGAUCCUCGGCAUCAUCGUGUCAUACAAAGUCAAAGUGAAGCUGGUGGUGUCCCGAGGCGGGCUCCUGGGAGAUCUGGCGGCGAGUGACGUCUCCGUCGAGCUGCCGUUCACGCUGAUGCACCCGAAGCCCAUGGAGGAAGCCAACUGCAGAGACGCUCCUGACGAGGCCCAGAUCGACACAAACCUCAUCGAGUUUGACACAAACGAUGAUGACAUCAUCUUCGAAGACUUUGCUCGCCAACGGCUGAUUGGGGCGAAGGACGACAAGGAGGAAGACGAGGAGCCGGUGGACUCGCCGAAACUCAAUGACAGAUAAAGGCGGCGAGCGUUGCUGCCGCCGCCGCCGCUGUUGUUGUUUCGCUGCUGUUUGUAGUGUGGAGCUAACGGAGGUCACCUUUAGGUCAAGUCUGGACACCCUUUAAACACUCUGCGGUGCCGUGUUUGUGUUCUCGUUCAUGUUCGUCCUCUCUCUGCGUCCUGCCAGGGUGUAAAAAGCUAGAAUACCGCAGCAUAGACGUCAGUGUGUUUUCAGACGGAGCAGCUGUCCACUCCUUCGCCCGCCGGCCGGAGACUCCGCCCGCCGGCCGCGGCCUCGUGACGACGGCUGGUAGCAUGCCUCUAAUGCCACUUUGUUCUAUGUGUUUCCAUUAGGGAGCGAACAGGAGUAACGUUGUGUUGAGAUUAGUUUCGAUGUGUCGUGUCAGAGGAUCUUCAUAAACACUGCCGACUUUGGUUGAGGUGGAACAGUUCACCGGCUGACGGAGGCUGAACUGUGAGACGAAGCUGCAGAGCGUGAAGAAACACCAGAAGAAGAGUCACCUGCAGGACGUCUCGACCCCCCCGAGAGGACCUGAAACUGUCACAAAGCCACCAAUUAGCUGAGAGGAACCGGUGGCCUUGUUUGCAUGAAAUACAUCAGUACUUUAUACAAUUCACUGACGUCACGAGUUACCAGUCUUUACAGGAGCGUACGAGUGUUUGUGUUUCCAUAUCAUCAUCAGUAUUUAGACGUGUCCACUCAGCUGCUGGUUUCACUUCAUUUCUACCAACACUGACUUGUCUGCACAUUCAGCCUCAAACUUUUUGUGGCAUAAGAGCAAAAUGUGAUUUUUUUCCAUCACUGAAAAAUCUGAAGGCCAUCUUGUCAUUUUGACAGGUCUGCUGUAAUGUCAGCAAUUCACAUGCAAUUCAUUCUGGACCACAUGACCACAUGCAGACCACCUGACUUGUCAGAAAUAAAGAAAAAAAUCUUUCUCCUCAUCCUGAUUUUUCAUUGAAAUAAAGUCCAACCAAUGGCUCCAGCAGGAGGUGAAGUAAAUAGGAUGCGUUCAAGCAGAAAAUGCAAAAACAAACACCGGUAUGGUCCUUUAGAGCGUGUAAUUCAUGUGACGUGUCAGGAGAUUCAUGCAGUGUGUAAUUACUCAACAUUAACUUUACAACAAUGUUUAAUUUGAACAUUUAAAGUUAAACUGAAACGUCCCUACAGAAUUGACUGCUGUGUGUAUGUGUGUGUGUGUGUGUGUGUGUGGUGUU